AUGAGGAAGGUAGGACGACGGGAGAGGCUGAAAAACACACGUUAUACACAACAAGAGUGGAAGAAGUCACUUUAAAAGUUAUAUUUAUCAUGUGUGUGGACACGGGGGACGUGGUUUAGUGUUUCCCAGUCUCUCCGUCUCUUCCUUCUCUUCCGACAGAACAACCGACAACUUUGGAAAACAAAACGUUUUCGGGGACGACACGGGUUGUAAGUUAAAAAAAACAACGUUUUAAAGCACCAUGUCCGCCCCGAGCAACUCGCUACAGCAGCCCCGGGUGAGACGCAGCACGGCGGGCUCCCCCGGCUCCGCCUGCCGCCUGCACCCCCUCCGCGCCACGGUGCCCUACCAGCUGCUCAGCCCCGGGGGGCGCAGCAGCAGCCCGACCCAGCGGACCCAGACCCAGACCCUCUCCGUCGGAGGAGGAACCAACAGUACGUGCAUCUCGAAUCCGGCCAGCCCCAUACUGAACUCUGGUGCCAAUGGCAAGCAAAGACAUUCCCCCGAAAACAAGGACUCGGGUUCCCCCGACUCGGCCGUCUGCAGAGUGGAGAGGUCCAAGUUCCCCGUGCGGGGUACCAGUGCCGUUCUGCGGACGUCAUCCCUUGACGCCAUCACAGGGCCCUACCUCACAGGCCAGUGGCCCCGGGACACUCAGGGGCCCUACUCCUCCUGCAUGAAAGACAAAGCCACUCAGGUACCGGCCGAGCUGACUCCAGGCCCCUGGAUAGACGAAGCUCUGGACCAGGGGAGUCCUCACCAACGAUCUGCCUCCUGGGGCAGUGCAGACCACCUCAAGGAGCAGAUUGCUAAACUGCGCCUGCAGCUCCAGCGCAGCAAGCAGGUCAGCCGCCAGGGCAAAGACAAGGAGCACGGCGCCCCACAGCAGUCCCAGCAGACGCAGUACAGCAACGCCUGCCCCCCCCAGCCCAAGGCGAUGUCCUCCAGCCUGUCUGUGCCCAAGUGCCUGAUCUCCAGGGUGCCCAGCCACGUGGAGGGCAUCAACCACGAGCUGGAGAACGUCUUCAUCAGGGAGGACGGGGAGCAGAGUCUACAGGCCAGGGACGUCAUGGACGGCCGCCGGGCUCCCUUCCCUCCGCAUCGCUAUGGCAACGGCGGGGACACGCGCGACACGGACACCCAGGCGCCGUCCAGCGGCAGCGACAGCAGCCCCUCCCCCCGGCCCGGCAGCCCCGACGGGCUGCGCUCGGUGGGGGGCAGCCCCUGCUCCGUGGAGGACGCCGACAAAGACCUGCCGAAGUUCGCCACGUCCCCCAAACCCAACAACAGCUACAUGUUCAAGAGAGAGCCGCCCGAGGGCUGUGAGAGGGUCAAGGUGUUCGAGGAGUUGGGGUCCAACCGGUCCAAGGGAUUCCCGCUCUUCUCCUGCCCCGACAAAAACAAGGUCAACUUCAUCCCCCGUGGCUCCGCCUUCUGUCCCGUCAAACUCUGCCCCUCCCUCUGCUCCUCCUCCUCCGUCGCCCCCUCGUCCUACACUGACCUCGGUUUCCACGGCAACCCACCGGCGACCACCCCCACCAUCAGAAUCAAAGACACAGACGCGGCGGGCGCGGGCGCCACCGACGGCAGCACAGACACAACGGAUACCAUCAGCACAGACCCGGGCAGCGAGGGCAGCAUCGCUAAGGCACUCGUCGCCAGCAGCAGCUAGACCCGAGCCCGGCUCCCUCCAGCCGGGGGUUGGACCUCCAGAGCUGCCCGCUGCCCCCCGGUCCAGUCCCCCUCCUAAACAUCCCACCCCAGCACCCCCAAGUAUCCAGUGAAGAAUGUUAAGAAUACUCGUCACGCGGAGAUGAGUCCUAUAGCCUUCUGCUGUCUAACCAAACCAGCGCCGCCUUUACGAUGGAGGAAUGUUCUCUUCCCCUUCUCCGCCUCCCUCCCUCCCUCCCUCCCUCCCUCGCUGGAUGAUUGACACUAAGCCCACCGUUGGCAGAGAGUCGGAGAACACGAUCUCCAGGGGAGGUGUGUUGAAGCGAUUUUGGCGGUUGGUGAUUCCGUGGAUACCGAGGAGGGAGAGUUCUCUGCAUUCCCCCGCGGUCACAACGGGAAAAAGGGCACCAAAACAGGAAGAACCGCAGCCUCCAUUAACCCCGAUUGUUAGCCAGCAGGGCCUCAGUCACGUCCCUCUCCACUAUCACGAGCAGUCCCAGUUCCCCUAAAGAUGAAGGCCGUCUUGGGCCUGAUACCUUUCUGUUCUGGGUGUGUGGUGAGCCGUCUGGGUGCUCGUGUGGGAUCUACCUUGAGCUGCCUUGGUUCUCGUCAGGCUUUUGGGAACAACCCCUCUCUCGCAACUAACGCAGUGCUCUACCGCCUUCCUCACGGUGACAACCAGCCAACGGGCCUUAGUAACCAGGCAGCCAUCUUGGUUCUGAUUCAGAAGGCCAACCGGGCAAUGGAACCAAAUGCCGAAGAUAAGAUGGCCGCCCGGUGAACAAGCCUAAUAACACACAAAACGCUUUGAUUAUUUUAUUUUGGUUGCAAAAAAAUAGAGAGGAUAUAAGACUGUUCAGUGUAUUGUGUUCAGUAGAGAGCAGUUCUUUUCAAGAAAAUACUAAAAAGGAGAAAAAAAAUGAAACUGAAAGGGAGUGCAGGGCAGAGACAGGGGAACCGUU